AUAGACGUACGUGGCACUCAGGAAGUCGUGCGCGCUGGGCGCUGACGUUCUUACGUCGGAAGCGUGGGGAAGUUAGCGCGUCGGUGCUCGGCUCUUGUCCCGUAAACUGGCUCGUUGGCUCGUUGGACACGCGUUAUAUUGGACCGGUUGUCAUUUAAACGUAAACGGCAGCCAGAAAACACGACCCCGCUAUGUUCGCGCUGUCGGAGCUCGUCGUCCUCCUCGCCGUGUUGCUCGCCGGCGCGUCGGGCUACUUCGUUAGCAUCGACGCCCACGCCGAGGAGUGCUUCUACGAGCGGGUCAACUCCGGGACCAAGAUGGGCGUCAUGUUUGAAGUUGCCGAAGGGGGCUUCCUUGAUAUCGACGUUGAGAUAACCGGCCCUGACAAUAAGCAGAUUUACAAAGGGGACAGGGAGUCCAGUGGGAAGUACUCUGUUGCAGCACACAUGGAUGGAACCUACAAGUUCUGCUUUAGCAACAAAAUGUCCACCAUGACACCCAAGAUUGUCAUGUUCACUAUUGAUAUCGGAGAGGCACCCAAAGGCCAAGACAUGGAGACGGAAGCCCACCAGAACAAGCUGGAGGAGAUGAUCAACGAACUGGCCGUUGCCAUGACCGCUGUAAAGCACGAGCAGGAGUACAUGGAGGUCCGUGAAAGGAUACACAGAGCAAUCAAUGACAACACAAACAGCAGAGUGGUGCUGUGGUCGUUCUUCGAAGCCCUCGUCCUUGUUGCCAUGACGCUUGGACAGAUUUACUACCUGAAGAGGUUUUUUGAAGUGCGACGAGUGGUAUAGCAAGGGAAAGGAUCCAUCUGUGUCCAUCUCCAUUUUCUUCAAGUAAUUUUCACCUGGAAGUGGAACCGGUCUUUUUCAGUACAACUCUCAAUAAAAGUGGAUCUCUCCCCGACCUUACCCAUUUGGUUUCAUCAUGUCAUCGUCAUGGUUGUUUGCUAUCUGAACUGGAGGCCUAAAGAUUCUUGGAUUGAUUGAUGGCGCCAUUGAUUACCUUUGUCAUGAUUUUAAUGAAUCAUUCAACUUGGCUAUUUACAUACUUGAUAACUAUUUAUGGAGCCGAUUUGAAUGAUAAAGAUGAAACAUGAAAAAGUGCGUCAGCGUGUGUUGUCAUGUGCUCGUUAAGGGUCCUAACCAAAUUGGAACAGGGCUUUGGUAGAUAUGUCAAUAUUUAACUGUACACUUGAUCUUUUGGCCUGUGUAAACAAACUGCACUUCUGAUAAGUAAAUCUCCCACUAUCAAACGUUUUCCUCAUCGUAAUCCGGCAAAACUACAGCUUGUUGAUUUUUUUUCCUUUUGUGGCUUUUGGGAUGUUUUUUGUUAACAAAGCUGAGAGUCUGUUUAAUGCCCUAAAAUCACGAAAAGCAGGCAGCGGCGGUUCAGCCUUGUCCCUAAGAAGUGGAGAGUUGAAGCGUUUCAGUGUUUUCUGCAAACCCUUAGAGAGCCGGUGCCGGUGGGUACGCGAGCGGGCUGUUGGUGCAGAAGGUUGGUGGUGGAGUGUUUGAAAUGCCUGCCGUGCGGUGGCACGGAGCACCCGAUGCUCACUGGUCCGCUUUUACUUGCCUCCGCUUUAAGCUAUACGUAUUUCCUUUUGUGGGGUUGCAGCUUUUAGAUUGUGGUAGUGUGCAGUUACGUACGGUUAAUUUUACCUGGCGCACGAGCUUGAAAGUAACAUCCUGGAAAUUGGUUACACAUCCAGCACAUCCGCGCAACACACAUGUUGUGUGAGCUUGACUUAUGCCCCAGUUUGAGUUUAACCGUCUCUGGUGAGAUCAGGUAAGAUAAGGUGUAAAUGCUGUGCUGUCUCUCCUCUCUGUGAUUAACAAUAAACCCUGAUCACUCUCCA